CUGUGAUUAGAGUACAAGAUGUCGAUCAGAUCCGCGGCCAUUCCAGAAGAUGGCUCUUGCAGGUUUUAGUCGAAACUAACAACCUCUCAUUAACUCACCAUGCCUCACGUACCACCAGGAAACAUCACAGGAGUGUACUAUAUAGUAGUUGCUGGCCUACCAUGGGGAUGCUCUUGGCAAAGGUUGAAAGACUUUGCACGAAAUCAACAGCCCGAUGGCAAAUGUAUCGAGAUCGAUCAUGCCAUGGUAUACCCAGAUUCUACGGACGGGUGGGUGAGGGUCAAGGGCAAAGAGAAUUUCCGCAAAGCCUUCGAGCACUUGAAUGGUGGUAUCCUCGAUGAUCGCUCUCUUCUGGCAGACGGCCGCAACGAGACAGAGACCCAAACCCUUCGUGACUUGAACACGACACGAACACUAAUGCUGCCACGCCGUGAUCACAAUAGUAGUUCGGCUUCAUGCAAUGCCUAUUCCCCUUCGGCGUCUGCGAGCCCGUAUACUCAAACAAGUCCUUCAACUUAUUCCACAAGUGAAAUAGACUGGUACUACCAACUGCAGCAAGGAGGACCAAGUUAUCAUCCAGUUUCACCAGUCUGUCCAAAUGGCUCGUACUACCAAACACCAGCAAUGUAUGAAACUGCUGCGAGUCCCAUCUUCGCCCCGCCGGCACUACAGUACUCCAUGGGGCCUGCUGCACCAGCUAUGCUUUAUGGAGGCAACAUAGCACCGGCUCUUCCGGGCUAUCUUCCUCAACAGCCGGUUUACACGUACGUCGCACCGUACGUCGACUACCCCAUACCACUGCCCAACGUCUCCACUCCUGGCCAGACGCCUCCAACCAACAGCAAAAACGAAUCGCGAAAAAUCAUCAUCUCACAGCUCCCGCACACUAUCACCUCUUCGGAUCUCCGCGAUCUCCUAGCUAAAGCCGCGGACAAAUGCGGCUCAGCAUCCUCGACCUCUAGAUCCUCAUCUCCCAUCCACGACAUCGAGAUUGCCAAGCAUGGAGACGGGAAGGCGAAAGGCAGCGCGUCCGUCGUCCUUGAAAGCCGUCAUCUUGCGAGAGCAUUCGUCAAAGUCGUUGACGGGAUGAAAUACCAAGGACGGGUCCUGAGCGCUAGAUUGGCGAAAGAAGGUGCAGAACCCGGGAGACAAAGUUCACCCCCGGGAAAGCUGUAUAUGCCUUCGGGGUCCUCGUCAAGUUCGCAUUACUCGGGGAACAAGCAGCGAGUGUCGAAGGACGCCAGGAGCGAGCGACGUCCUUCAUACGAUACUCCUUCGGGAGAGUCGGGUGUAGGGGAGACUGAAUCGCAUAGGGAAUCGAGGUAUGGGAGUGGUGAGAAGAAGUCGGGGGCGAAAUCUGGGGAGCAAGCGAGGAGGAGGUCGUCGGAUGUAAUGAGUACUCCGGCUGUGGUUGAUGGGUCUUCAAGUCGGGGAAGUCAGGGGAUGGAGAGGAGAUCUCGUAGUUAGGGGUAAGAGUGCCAUUGAAUAUUGGUGUGACUAUGACAUUUAGAAGAGCCGCAUUUCAGGUGUGGGCAAGUGAGAGGUGGAAGGGAUGUGCUGAAGGGGUGGGGUGGGUUGGUGUGAUGAUUAAUGAUUGGGAGGGAGUUGGGUUUGGAUACAGAUAAAUUCUGGCAAUUAUCG